AGAGGAACAGUCAUAUAUUUAUAAUUUACAAAUUCAUUCAAAUUAUAAUUACAGUUGGCAAGACAGAAACUGUGAGGUAAUAGCCUUGAACAUCAGAUAUUUAACAAGUUUCAUAAAUGGCAAGCGAUUACAUUGGAUUUGCCAAUUUACCAAAUCAAGUUCACCGAAAAUCAGUUAAGCGAGGUUUUGAAUUCACAUUAAUGGUAGUUGGUGAAUCAGGACUUGGCAAAUCUACUCUUAUCAACAGCCUAUUUUUGACUGAUCUUUAUUCUGACAGAGAAAUUCUACCUGUGUCAGAACGCCUCAAGAAAACUGUCAAUAUAGAAUCAUCAACUGUUGAAAUAGAGGAACGAGGAGUCAAAUUGAAGUUGACUGUUGUGGAUACGCCAGGAUUUGGUGACAGCCUUGAUAACUCCGAAUGUUAUAAACCAAUCCUGGAUUACGUAAACAAUCAGUUUCAUACGUAUCUCAAGGACGAAUCGGGUCUUAAUCGUAGAAACAUCGUAGACAAUCGUGUCCAUUGUUGUUUCUAUUUUAUCUCACCAACAGGACUUCAGCCUAUUGAUAUUGCAUGCAUGAAACAACUCCACAGUCGCGUCAAUAUUGUUCCGGUCAUCGGGAAGGCAGACACCUUGACGCAGAAAGAAUUGCGUGAAUUAAAGAAAAAGAUUUUGUACGAAAUUGAUAAAUAUGAAAUCCAGUUGUAUCAAUUGCCAUUUUGUGAUGAGGAUGAAGACGACGAUUUUAGAAAGCAAACUGAAGAAUUACGAUCCAGCAUGCCUUUCGCCGUGGUUGGCAGCAACGUUACGGUGGAAGUCCAGGGAAAAAGAGUUCGUGCACGACGCUAUCCAUGGGGAAUAGUGGAAGUGGAAAACCCAAAACAUUCAGACUUUAUUAAACUAAGAACAAUGUUAAUCACACACAUGCAAGAUCUAAAAGAGGUGACCCAAGACGUGCACUACGAGAACUACCGGGCAACGUGCCUCUCGACAGAUGGUAACACAACUCUUCAGAGAAGUGCAAGAAGAGAUCGUGCAAGCUUCAAAACAGGCGAGGUAAAGGACAAGGAUAAAAUUCUCGAGGAAAAGGAAGCCGAAUUAAGAAAAAUGCAAGAAAUGUUGGAAAAAAUGCAGCAAAAGAUGAAAGAAGGGACUCAGUCGUAAAUUUAAUCUACUUUUCAUUGAGAUAUUUCGUUUCUCCUUCUUGAUGUAAUUGUGAGAAUAUUUUGCAAUACGUACAGUUUUUGAAAAGUUAAUAUUUGUUCGUUGUUUGUUUUUUAUUAAAUACAAAAAAUAGCAAUGAA